AUGUCCUUCCAAGCCGACUGCAGGCUCGAUCCGACGUUUGAGCGAUAUUUUGAGGCGGAAGGGGCUUUAUUCGUCAAGCACAUCUUCUAUACACUUGCCAACAUCCCCUUCGAUGCAACGCUGACACAAGCCACUGCUCUGCAGCUCCUGCUAAGCAGCACCCUGGUUGGACUUUCGCCAAUGUUCUCCAAGUUGACGAUCGCGUUCGGAGAGCCUCCCUGGCUACCCAAGAGUGGUUACUGCGCGUACGAUCAUGGCUUUGGAGCGUACGCGGACUUCAAAGCGACAGGCGAAGCCACCAUAGUCCUGUGCCGUGGCACGCUGUUCUACCCUACACUGGAUGAGAUCUUGAAUCCUCGGCCGUGGGCAUAUGACGAGCAGGGGAGGCUGCGUGAGGGGUACACUUGCGAUGGUAUGCUCGACCGAGACACGGAUUAUAUGUUGCCUGCCGGAGGGUGGCUGCUCCACGAGCUCAUUCACUGGGGAGAGCUGUACAAAGACGCCGUGCCGGAAUGGGGCCAGUUCGUGCCGCCCGCAAGCAGGAUCAGCGAUUUCGAUUCUCCAGGCGCAACUCCCUCGUACGGAUAUGGGCCAAACAACGCUCGCCUUCUCAAGGAGCGAGCCGUCAGCCAUCCGAACGAGAAUGGACCUCACCCUACAGUUAACAAUGCUGAUAGUUACCUGUGGUAG